AUGAAGAUGCCAUCUUUCAAGGGCACAAGAGACCCAGACUUGUACCUUGAUUGGGAGCGGAAAGUUGAGGCCAUCUUUGACUGUCACCACUGCUCUGAAGCUUACAAGAGACUGACAACAAGAUGGAGAACCACCCAUUGCUACUUGGACCGAGAUGAAGAGAGUCAUGAGGAAGAGCAAGGAACAAUGACUGUUGAUGAAUACUUUAAAGCUAUGGAUAUGGCUAUGAUCCAAGCUAAUUGUAUGGAAGAAGAAGAGGCCGCUAUGGCUAGAUUUCUUAAUGGUUUAAAUAGAGAAAUAGCUGAUGUAGUAGAGAUACAACAAUUUGUAACUAUAGAUGAAUUAGUAGAUUUGGCUGUAAAAAUAGAAAAGCAAAAUAAAAGAAGGCAGCAAGCUAGCUCAUGGAGAAGUCGUCCAAACACCAAUUCCAAGAAGCCAUGGCCAAAACAAGAAGUGAUUUCUAGACCUCAAGAAGACAAGGGGAAAGGUAAAGUUGAUGAGAAAGAGGGAGGUAAAGCUUUCAAUUCUAGAUCCUCUAAACCUUCUAGUUCCAUUCAAUGUCACAAAUGUCAUGGAAGAGGCCAUAUGAUGCAUGAAUGUCCAAAUAGAAGAAAUAUUCUUUUGAGAGAAGAUGGAGGAUAUGAGAGUGAAAAAAGUGAGGAAGAAGAGGGAGGAGUAAGUGAAGAUGAUGUAGAACUUCCUAAUGAUGGUUUGGUUGGGGUAAUUAGGAGGACUAUAGAUGGAGAAUAUGAGGGAGAAAAAAGUGAGGAAGAGGAAGAAGAGGAAGGUGUGAGUGAUGAUGAUGUAGAGUUACCUUUCAAUGAUGGUUUGGUUGGGGUAGUUAGGAGCAUUAUGACUAUUAAUUUAGGAAUCAAUAGUGAAGAACAAAGAGAGGAUAUAUUUCAUACUAGGUGUGGAAUAAAGGGCAAAAUUUGUUCUAUGAUUACUGAUAGUGGUAGUUGUGCUAAUGUGGAUUUUGAUGAUAUCUUUCCUGAGGAUAUCCCUAAAGGUCUACCACCUUUGUGUGACAUUGAGCACCAAAUUGACUUUGUGCCCGGAGCACAAAUUCCACAUAGGCCUGCUUAUAGGAGUAAUCCAGAAGAGACAAAAGAGCUUCAAAGGCAAGUUGAGGAGUUGCUUGAGAAAGGUUUUGUGAGAGAGCAUGAUCCCUUGCUCCGUUCCCAUUCUAUUGGUACCCAAAAAGGAUGGAACUUGGAGGAUGUGCGUGGAUUUUCUAAGGGAGUUGAAGUUGAUGAAGAGAAAAUCAAGGCAGUCAAAGAGUGGCCUAAACCUAACAGUGUAACUGAAGUUAGGAGUUUUCACGGGCUUGCUAGUUUUUAUAGGAGAUUCGUUAGAGACUUUAGCACUAUUGCUGCUCCUUUAACUGAAGUUGUUAAGAAAGAUAAGGUUUUUUCAUGGGGAAAAGAACAAGAUGAUGCUUUUAACUUGUUGAAAGAAAAAUUGUGUUCUGCUCCUCAUUUGCAAUUACCCGAUUUUUCUAAAUCUUUUGAGGUUGAAUGUGAUGCCUCUGGAAAAGGAAUAGGUGCUAUUUUGAUGCAAGACUCGAAGCCCAUUGUAUACUUUAGUGAAAAGAUGAGUGGAGCUACACUGAACUACUCAACUUAUGACAAAGAGCUAUAUGCUUUGGGAAGCACAUUGUGGUGGACUCACGGGACAUUUUGGAGUGCCCAAAACUUUGGAUAUACUUGCUGA